GCACGUGCAGUCGUCACGCACCACGGGCACCAAGAUAUUCACUUAGUUUGUCCCCAGACAUCGCGCCACGAGCACGCAUGGAGGCCCGCCAUUUAGCGCGACCAGUGAUUAUGAUAAAUUAUCUAGUGAUGUUCGCGAUCCACGCAUAGUGUUGUUCAGUUCGAACGAUAGAAGUUCCCGGGCGAUCGAUUCGGUGAGCGCAUGCAGCGCGGAUGUGCCAGCGGUGAGGGCUGAGGACAUGGCAGUCGCGGCCGGCGCGGCUUGAUGGCGAACGCGGUGCGCGCGCUGCUGCUCUCGGCGGCGCUGGCGGCCCUGGCGGAGGCCGGCGCCGCCCGCUUCGGCGACCGCCUCGCGCCGCGCGUCCCGGCGGCCUACGCGCCUCGCCACGCGCCAUCGGCACGUCACUACGCCAAUGACGACUACGAAGAUUACGUACAAGACUACGACGGCCAUCACCGCUCUGAGGAGGAUGAAGAGAAGCCGCCCGAGCCGGCGCCUCCACCGCGCCGGCCCGUGCGCACAGAGGCACAUCGUCUUGAAAUGAGCACCGAGUACUUCGUUAUUCCCGAACGCACCUCCUCGAGGCCUCCUGCGACGUCUUUGCGUCCCGUUAUUAUUUCUAAAAUACCGGCGCCCAGAAAUAGUACUAUACAGACCAUAUCAAAAAUUGCCUCGGUAGGGCCAUUGCGAUCAGAGGCUUGGGCUGUGCCGAUACUAGCUAUCGCGUGUGUUAGCAUGUUGACUCUUGGUGGAUUUGAAGUUUUUAUAGUGUGGGGUGCCAGUCGAAAGGCACCGAAUCAGCGCCAUUUGUUGCUGGGUCAAACAUUACUGUGCGGACUGUUCUUCAGUGCCGCGACCGCGGCGCUUUACACCGCUACGCCGAACGCCUUCACAUGCGGUGCGGUUCGCUUCGGCACAGGUGUAGCUUACGUAAUAGUUUUUGCGUCGCUACUAGUAAAAUGCGUUUUCUUGUUAAGUUUAAACGGCGGCGUUUACCUCCCGGCAGCGUAUCAAGGACUGCUUCUGUUUUUCGCUGUGAUGAUACAAGUCGCCAUCGGCGCGCAGUGGCUGGGCAGCUCCCCGCCGCGGGUCGCCGCCGGCGGUGCGCGCUGCGACUCCGCACUGUCAGAUCUCCUGCUGUCGUUGUGUUACUCCGCCUUUUUGAUCGCGGUGGUGUGCGGCGUCGCUCUGCGGUCACGCGGCAUCCGCGAUAACUAUCGGGAGGCGACGCAUAUCGCCGGGGCGAGCGGCGCAACGGCUGCAGUAUGGGUGUGCUGGGUGGCGGCUGCGUUAGGCGCACCGGAGCCGCACCGCGACGUGUGCGUGGCCGCCGGCUUGCUCGCCACCUGUGUCGUUGUGUUCGCAUUGAUGUUCGCUCCUAAAGGUCGAAGAUUGGCUGCGCUCGGCCGAGAGGGCCGAUGGGACGCAGACCGGGAAGAGGGACUAAGCUCGCUGGGCGCCGGCGGUUCGGGCUACUCGCCUUCGUUCUUCCACUUCAAGCCCGUCAAGUACGGCAUGGUGUCGGCUGGGGCGCCAGCGCCGACUCAGCCCGCAAUGCUCGACCGCAAGGAGCCCCCAGCUCAGCAAGCCGAUCCGUACGGCGCCAUGUUCGCGAGCUCGCACCUACACGCACGCCCCCUGUGCUCUCCGCCGCACUACCCCCCGCACCCACUAAUGCACUACCAAUAUAAUUAUCCACCUUAUAAUUAUCUACUUCCACCAGGCGUGAUGAUGCGACCGGAGGAGGGCAACGUGUACACGAGCGUCGAGCCCACCUUCAGCAGCAACCCUAACGUCUUCUUCCAGCGCUCUGAGCCCCUGCACGUCGGCAUGAUGUACUGAGCCACUGACAAACCAACGUUCCGCACGUGAACACUGAGAUUUGACAGCACGACUGCUAACCCAGUCAAUACAACCCUAACAUGCCAACAUAAUCUAUUAUCUCAAUGUAAACUGUUAUGUAUCCCAUUGGUAUUGAUCAUACAAACAAUAGCAUGCUUCAUUUAAAUUCUCAAUUGUCUAUGACUGUAUGUGUAAAUAGAAUAAGGUUGCCAGCCAGCUUGGAUUAUCAAAGAAAUCUUGGCAAAGUACCAAGCAACCAUAUUUACAGUCAAGAUGUUACAAGGAACCCUGCUUUGUAUAGUAAAUACUGUUGUAUUAAGUAUUAGCAAGUCAAGGAAAUUUUGAAAAGGUCAUUUUGUAAUUCAUACUUUAAAUCCAACCCACCCUGACUAGUGACUUGGAAAUCCUCUCCUUUGAUUUACUAAAAUAGAUAUAAGAAUAUAUGUAAGGAUAUUUUUCUAGAUAAUUGUAAAUAAAACGAUAGACUGUU